GUCCCGCGGGGGGGGCUCGGCCGGGGCGCGUCGCGACACGUGGUCGGUGCCGGUAUCGGCGACAGCAGCGGCGGCGGCGAUGGCGCAGCUCACGGCGCGGUUCCGCACCGAGAACCGCAGGUUCGCCGUGGAGGAUGUGCCCUUCUCGGUGCCCGCGGCCUCCGAGACCACCGACCUCAGCCACCUCAUCAACAAGCUGCUGGCGGCAGGGCACGCGGAUCACAAGUAUGUGGAAUUUGACUUCCUUAUCAAUGGCCAGUUCUUGCGAUUGCCGUUGGUCACACACAUGGAAAUGGAAAAUAUUUCCACAGAAGAAGUGGUGGAAAUAGAGUACGUGGAGAAAUACAUGGCCCCUCAGCCAGAAGAAUGCAUAUUCCAUGAUGACUGGAUCAGUUCUGUUCAAGCCACUGAAGAAUGGAUAUUAACUGGCUGCUACGAUCAGACUGCUUGGAUCUGGUCUGUGGAAGGAAAAUCCAUCAUGACAAUAGCUGGGCAUACAGAAGUGGUGAAGGAUGUGGCGUGGGUGAAGCAAGAUAGUUUAUCGUGCCUGUUACUCAGCGCUUCCAUGGACCAAACUGUCCUGCUCUGGGAGUGGAACGUGGAGAAAAACAAAGUGAAAGCCCUUCACUGCUGCAGGGGACACGCUGGCAGUGUCGAGUCUGUGGCUGUUGAUUGUACAAGAACCAAAUUCUGCAGUGGAUCCUGGGAUAAGAUGUUAAAGAUCUGGUCUGCAGUACCUACAGAUGAGGAGGAUGAAAUGGAAGAAGCAGCUAACAGACCACGGAAAAAGCAGAAAACUGAACAGCUGGGACUAACAAGGACUCCCCUGGCAACCCUCUCUGGCCACACAGAAGCCAUCUCCUCUGUGCUGUGGUCAGAUGCUGAAGAAAUUUGCAGCGCAUCAUGGGACCACACCAUUAAACUCUGGGAUGCUGAGACUGGAGAUCUCAAAUCAACUUUGACAGGAAACAAAGUGUUUAAUUCUGUCUCCUACUCACCCCUGUGUCGACGUCUUGCAUCAGGGAGCACUGACAGACAUAUCAGACUAUGGGAUCCUCGCAGCAAAGAUGGCUCCUUGGUUCUCCUGUCUCUGACUUCUCACACAGGCUGGGUGACAUCUGUGAAGUGGUCACCUACCCACGAGCAUCAGCUGAUCUCUGGUUCUCUGGACAACAUUGUGAAGCUUUGGGACACAAGGAGUUGCAAAGCUCCUCUGUAUGACUUGGCUGCUCAUGAAGACAAGGUUUUGUGUGUGGACUGGACAGAAGCAGGGUUGUUACUGAGUGGAGGAGCAGACAACAAACUGUAUUGCUACAGAUACCCAGCUACAGUCUCUGAUAUUGGGGCAUGAAGGUCAACAGCCAGAAGACUUUUUUUUUAAAAACAAAGAUUUUUGCAGCAGUUGCUCUCUAUUAGCAUCUCUACACAAUCAACUUCCGAAGAAAGGAGGAGUUUGUUGCUCAGAGAGCUGUUUCUGGUUUUGUAUUGGUAACCUAUAUCCAUAUUUGUCACAGAAAAACAGCAAAGCCCAAAUGGGAUUAAUGUGAAAGGUCAUUUCCUCCCUUUUUGAUGGCUUUGAAUUAAUGUCUUUUAAAUGACUAUUUGUAUAGCCCUUUUAAUAAGAACUAAACUGUUUACUGAUACUUACAGAAAAACUACUCACUGACUAAAUUAUUUUUUGAGUUUACCUGCUUUCCAUUGGAAAAAAAAAUAAAGCUUUUAUCAACAGUU